AAUGUCAAUCACUCAAUGGAAUGCGAGCAAUUUCCAAUUGCUGAACACAUGGCAGAUCAGUCCACGCACACAGGGAAAGAUCCGCCUGUUUCGAAAAUCAACACGAAAAUCAAGAUGAAUUCUUCGACAUUGAAGGUUUUGCCCCCUGAAUUGCCAACUCAACCCGAUCUGGUUCCACGGUUUGAUGAAUUGGACUGCAAUGACAGUUAUGCAUGCACACAGGAGCCUAUUGAAGACCAGUUUGUGGACUUGAAGGUGUCCGCACGAGACCAUGUCAUAACAGCUUCUCAAGACAUUUCCGGUACACAGUCUACUGGCGCAAUCCCUAAUCCAUUGCCAAAUGUUGUACCCAGUGGUGUUUAUGGUCUGCACUUCAGUUCUUAUGACCAUGUUAGCCAAGAGCACCAGACACCCUUUUAUUCCCUCGACCAACCGGGACAGAGAACUCCAGCUGGGAAAACAUUUGAAGUUGGACCCUCGCUUAAAGUUAAACAGUAUGAUGCCAGUGGUGAUGAAGACACGACUCUAAAGAAAAGCCGGCCUAAACAGUUUGAUGCCAGUUUUGAGGAUGACUUGAAGAAAUGCCAACCAGUUCCUGUUUUCCUGGAUAACUACCAGAAGCAGAGGGCCUUCCCUGAAGGUCCCAGGCAACUGUACACACAGGAACCUAUAAAACUGAAGAAAACCUGCGAAGAAGGAAAAGUCGUACUGGGCACCACAGAAGCAUUACGGGACUUUGUUCAGAUCUGCAGUAAGCUAGGGAAGACUACAGGUGUUAUCUGUGAUGAGGAUUUGAUCCCAGACGGUGAUCAGUACGAGAAGGAUGCCCACUUUAUUGUGGAGAAGUCACUAGGACAAGGGUCGUUUGGGACGGUGAAUCUUGCCAUAGAUUCUAACAGAAGAAAGAAGUUUGUCCUCAAAAAGGUUACCAAAGAUUCCUUUGCUAAGAAUGAAGUGCUGGUACCAAGCAGGUUGAAUCAGGCAAACAUCACGAGGCUGUAUGGACUUAUAUAUCGAGUGGGACCAGAGGGAGAACAUAUGGAAUUGCUAAUUGAAGAUGCAGGAAUGUCACUGAACAAGUACAGAGCCAUGUAUCCCCACAUGGCGAGGAGGGAGGAUGUAGUGUGGGACUUCUGCAAGCAGGGCUUCAGAGCUCUGGAGCACAUGGACAAAUUUGGCAUUAUUCACCAGGACAUCAAACCGGAAAAUGUUUGCCUAACUCACCAAGGUGACGGCUUUGUGAACAUGAAGAUUACAGACUUUGGAUCUGCCAAGUUUGCCCAGGACCCAAUGCACUUUAUGGGCCUAACUCCUGAAUACCUCUCCCCAGAGGUGUGCAAAUUGGUACUACAGAUGAAACACAAGGUGGAUAUGGGUAUAUCAGUUGAUAACAUCACAGGGAAGUCGGACAUGUUUGCAUUCGCCCUGGUGGUGAUGUUCCUGUACAAGGGAUACCACAUUCUUCAACACGUGAUAACCAAUGGCCAGAGCUCCUAUGAGGCGUACACCCCAGAGCAGAGGCAGACCAUUCACAUGACAAUGAUUGUUCAGGUUGCCCAAGGUGAAAACUUUGUGAAGAACUUCAUUCCUGACGAAUGUUCAAGAGACAUGAGGGUCCUCCUUUACAGGAUGCUGGAGAUCAACCCUGUGGAGCGUCUCUCAGCCAGAGAGGCCUUGCAGUAUACUGAAGGUCUAGACCAGCAAGUGGCCCAUGAUAAACAAAGAAUGGAGCGGAUGAGAGUGAAACCAGCCAUGUCAAAACUGGAGAUGCCCUCGCUUGUCAUGGAUCAGGCUGGCCAUGGAUUUGUACCAGAGAUUGCUGGGGAGCUUAUGGAGAGUGACCAUGGUCCGGUGAAGUCCGCCACAAAGGACAGACUACGUAAGAUGUUUGCUGACCCGUACACCCGGGGCGCCAAGGGCAGUGGCAAGGGGAGAACGGCCCCAGUGACCUCUGUGAUGACCCCACGGCAUGUGGCUAGCAAGAAGAUGCCUAUGUCUCCAAUGACAGAUGUCAAGGAGAUUGUCGGUGUGACUGAAAGAAAUGCCCCGAUUGCGCAACCAUCAGGUGACAAUGAAUCAGCCAUGGAUAUGGCAGCCUCACCUAUGAUCGACAUCCGUAAGGGUCCCAAACCAGCCACACCACAGUUUGUGUACCAGCAACCAAGGAGGCCAGUACAGAGGACCACAAGUGAUGCCAUGCAGGUGGACUGCAGACAGACUGCCAUGGAGAUGGAUUGCGGACAGAUGGCUUCGGCCAGGAUUCCCCAACAAUGCCAGGUGACUGAGGCUCAUUGGCAGCCCACCAACCAGGCCCUUAGACAACUGACAGAGAUGUGGAACCGUAGCGGCAGACAAGUGAACGGUUUGGUUCUAGAGCAGAUGAAGCAGAUGUUGAGGGACAAUCAACAGAGAGAUAUGUUCAUGCAGAACGUAAGACAAGCUGGGAAUACCACAGAGACUGAGCAGAAUGGGCAACUAGAUCCCAGCCAGGUCCCCAGAUUUGACAAGAUCUUCUAUUAAUCAUUCAACAAAAAACACUUGAAUUAUGUGGUGUUACAGAUUUAGAGAGUGCUUUUGUAUUUGUAUUUUUGUGUCUUUGACUUAAUACAUGUAAUGUGCUAUGACUUAAAAAAAUAUGCUUGUUAUUUUCUGUGUUAUAAAACUGAACAGUAUUUUUUUUAAUAGAAAAAGAUUCAGGCUAAAUAAUUACAUUUGUUUUUGAAAACAGAAGUUUGAUUAUGUGUAUGUAAUUUAAGGAUAAUUUCCUUAUCAUUAUCCGUUUCAUGGUUUAUGUGCCAAGGCAAUGUCCUUUACAUCUGAUUUAAGCAAGGUAGUUUUCAUUGUGAAAAGGUGAAGUGGCCACCUUGACUGCUGUACUUCUGAAAAUGGCAAAAACUCCUACUAGCCAAACAAAUUAACAUUUUUUCAUGGGGGCGGGGGAGGGAGGAUGUCUUUUGUCAUAAACGAAAAACAACGCUAGUAUAACGCCAGCCUAAAUCUUUCCUUGAAAUGUAUUGGUUUAAUUAAAAUGUAGUGUUUAGAUACACAUGGUAGAAGCAGCAUCAGUAGCAGCAACAACAAAAUACUAAGUGUAAAUGCCUUAAUCGUGAAACUGGUGUGAUCUUUCAAUGAUUUUAUAUUAUCCAUACACUCUCAUGCUAAUAUUAUUUUGCUAUUUUAACAUAAUUUUUUACUGGUCCAUCUGUUUAUAAGACAUGCAUUGUAAUUUAGUUAUUAUAACUUAGUCUUCACUAUCUUAAAGUUGUUGGAAAAUAUUUAAUUUGAAGUUCAGAAUAUCAGACUGUCUGAAAUAGAUAAAUUUUUGGAAUACAGGCUUUUACUUUCCUUAUUUUUGUAGGGAAUAUUGCUGGGAUUAAAACAAUGAACCUUUUUUUAAAUGGUUCUGUGCAUAGCUUGGCCAACAUUUGUUCCAUUACAGUUUAACAGAAUCAAUGAAAUUCACCAAAUGACAUAAGACACGAUUAAAAAGGAUAAACUACGCAAUAAAAACCCACAAAAAGAAGUCACAAUUGCAUUGUUAAAUGUGGAAAGUUGUUUGUACUAGUGCAUUAAGUUUUUUGUUAGAUAAUAUUGGACAAACCCUUUUUGUUGUUAUGCACGGUUAUAAUAACGCUGGCUUGAAGGCCUUAAUUAAUGAAUUCAGAUGCUUGUUCAUGAAUUUAAUGAUUUAAUGCCCCCAAAUCAUAUUUUGCAUGGACAAAUAAAGAUAGCUUGAUUUAAGUUUUUUUUUCUACAUCUCAUUCCUGUUUUGUUGUGUGUGUGUGAUCUAUGACAAGUUCUGCAUCUAUUUUCUAAGACUAUUUUCUCCAGGAUAGCGCUAGACUUUGAAAAUCCCAAGGCACAGGCAAUGCUGAUCCAUUUUUUUGCACACUUUGUAGCAUAUUUCAAAAGAUAAAAGUUGAAAUGGUAUUUAAUUUUGAUUUGUUUAAUCGGCCUGCUUUGUUGCACCGAUAGACUAUUGAGGGUUUCCCAGCUUUUGCGCAUUCUGGUAUGUUUAUUAGUAAUGACAGUCAAAUUAUUUCCCCCUUUUUUUCAGAUUAAAGACCCAUUUGAAGGGACGUCUGGCCCUAUUCCUCUCAGUGUAUUAGUCCACUUUUCUCUUUCCUUUCAGUUCUCUGAAUUGUCUAUUGUUCAUAGCUCUGUUUCUUCAGCAUCUGUGUAGACUCUAACUACAUUACUAACAUAUGAAGUGUGAGUUUCGUUCCAGUACAUUGAUUUUUGCGAAGUUUAAUGUUUUCAAUUGGGAUAUAGUUACUGUGUGGCUUCAAAGUGCAGUAAGGGGCGUUGUGUUUUCUCUUUAUAAUGAAGAAUAUGUACUUUUUAAUUUGAACCUUCAUUCAUUAUGAUUAAAACAAACGGACGCAAUAAUUUAGAAGAAAACUGUACUCUUUUGUGCCUAAACUGAACUGGAAUGAAUAAAUGGUAUGAAUGUGUAA